CUGGGCUCCGCUGGGCUGGGCUGGGCUGAGUUAGGCGGCCGCAGCCGGGCUCAGCCCCGGCGAGCCCCUGAUGGCUGCGGUCUUUCUGGUAACGCUCUAUGAGUACUCGCCGCUUUUCUACAUCGCGGUGGUCUUUACCUGCUUCAUCGUGACCACCGGCCUGGUACUAGGAUGGUUUGGUUGGGAUGUUCCAGUAAUUCUGAGAAAUUCAGAAGAGACCCAGUUCAGCACAAGAGUUUUCAAAAAGCAAAUGAGACAAGUCAAGAAUCCUUUUGGUUUAGAGAUCACGAAUCCAUCUUCAGCUUCAAUUACAAUGGGCAUCACCUUGACAACAGAUUGCCUUGAAGAUAGCUUCCUUACAUGCUACUGGGGGUGCAGUGUUCAAAAAUUAUAUGAAGCUCUGCAGAAGCAUGUUUAUUGCUUCAGAAUAAGUACUCCUCAAGCAUUAGAAGAUGCUCUGUAUAGCGAAUAUCUCUAUCAAGAGCAGUAUUUUAUUAAGAAGGACAGCAAAGAAGAAAUAUAUUGCCAAUUACCAAGAGAUACUAAAAUUGAAGACUUUGGUACAGUGCCCAGAUCUCGCUAUCCAUUGGUAGCCCUGUUGACCUUAGCUGAUGAAGAUGACCGGGAAAUUUAUGAUAUUAUUUCCAUGGUGUCAGUAAUUCAUAUUCCUGAUAAAACUUAUAAACUUUCCUGCAGAAUAUUGUAUCAAUAUUUACUCCUGGCUCAAGGUCAAUUUCAUGAUCUUAAGCAACUUUUCAUGUCUGCAAAUAAUAAUUCCACUCCCUCCAGCAAUUCCUCUCCAGAAGAGAAAAACACAGACAGAAGUUUGUUGGAAAGGGCUGGACUGUCUGAAAGUGAAGUGGAGCCAUCUGAGGAGAACAGUAAGGACUGUGUUGUUUGCCAGAACGGGACCGUGAACUGGGUGCUCUUGCCAUGUAGACACACGUGCUUGUGUAAUGGCUGCGUUAAGUAUUUUCAGCAGUGCCCAAUGUGCAGGCAGUUUGUUCAGGAAUCUUUUGCACUUUGCAGUCAAAAAGAGCAAGAUAAAGAAAAACCAAAAACUCUUUGAAGAUAAAGACAACUGAAAAGUACACUUCCUACUGAAGACACAGAAAUUUGUGCUCUUAGAAUUAAUCAUAACAUGGAAUCUACCGUGUGGACCAUCCGUGAAAAUUCUAUUUUAACUUCUGAUUCGUACGGUACAUGGAUAAUGAAAAUAUCCUUUCCUGUUCAGAGUGCUGAAUACUGGAAUACCAUCUGUGUUAAUAUAUAAAAGUUCACUCAACUCUUGAGAAGAAUGUAAAUGUUUGGCCUUUUGUUAGUUAGAAGAUUUCCUAUAAAGUUGAUUAGAAAAAUCAUUCUGAAAUGCAAUCCAUCUAAAAUUUGAGGAAGUAAAAGUCUCAAGAUUGCUUAAUGUUUUCUCUUUUACAUAAUCUGGAGUAUAAUUAGGAAAGAACUUAAUUCUUCUUAAAGUAAUUAUAAGUUCCCCAGUUUACAAAGGAGUUGGAAGGGGCUUUUUACUUUAAAUCCUUCACUGAAAUAAUCAGCUUUUAUAAAUAUCUGUUUGGUUUGUAAUUUCCAUUAUCAUAGAGUUACAUAAAUACAAGUUUUAAUUUUUAAACAGAAGUCCUUAAAUCAUAAAUGCAAGAUACGAUUCUUGACUGUUCUCAGUGUAUCACAGAUUUACUCAUCUAUAGGAGGCAGAUACAUAAAACUUGGAUAAUAAAAUCUCUUGGAUUAUUAAAUUAAUUAAAUUGAUUGUCAAAUGUGAUUAGAUCAGCAGAAUGUUAUCUGUCAGGGAAGAUCUGUGAGACUCUUCAUGCCUUACCUUAGAUUUCCUCCUGCAUAGUAUAUCCAUCCAAAACUGGAGGGGUUUUAGAAAAAUCACUAAAAGAAACAAAUAACUAAUUUUUUAGUGUAUUUUUAUUCCAAAUAAACCCAAUAUCCUUUUGUAUUCAAAAAGUAUUACUUUUUCAUCUCUUGUUAUAUCCUUAAAUGUAGCAACUUGAGGAACUUGAUAGGAAAAAAGCCUAUCCCCUACUCUUCCCAAGAUGACUAAGAGGAAAAAGGUAAAUCAGAGCUUCUUGUGCCUUCCAUGAAAAUAACCUUCAACUAACCAAGAAAGUAGAUUAUGGCAAAUAAAUUGUGACAUUCAGGGAGA